AUGCGUGCAUCCGAAGAGGGUGUUUCUCUUGCUUCAGCAGCAGGUAAUCCUUCGUCUGCUGUAGCGAUUCAGCGACAGGCUGUACCUGUUGUGAACAGUUCACGUGGUGAGUCGCCACGUGGGACAGAUUCAUCUGCUUCGUUUGCAGCGGGUACUGCGGGUACUGCGAAUCACAAUGUAGACGAGCCUGAAACAGAGCUCAUCUAUUCUGGCGAGUCGGAUGCAUCAUCCGACUCGAAGCCAAAACCUCUUACCUCCGGAUCAUCCGGGGAGAACACUCAAAGAGGAAGGUUGAUUGGUUCCGGGAAACGUGGCGGCAUCGUGUCCGAGAUCUUCGGACCGAGUGAUUCUUCUGACGAAUCCUCGCCUCACGCAAGUCCAUACGACGAUAGGGCGCGUGGUGAUGGUGGCAAUGCACCUAUACAUCGCCACGAGAGAAGCAACUCGAAGGAUCGAGCUGCAACUGGUGUCAGUGCUCGUGCUGAUACCACUCAAGAGCCCAGGGACCGAAAUGUACAGCGCCACGCUCCUUAA